AUGCCCGACUACUCUGUCAAGACGGUUCAGACAAAGGCCUUCCAGGACCAGAGGCCUGGUACCUCUGGUCUCCGCAAGCGCGUCCCGGUCUUCAAGCAGGAGCACUACACCGAGAACUUUGUCCAGUCCAUCCUCUCCUCCAUCCCCGGCGGUCCAGAGAAGUCGACACUCGUCGUCGGCGGUGACGGACGCUACUACUCUCCCGAGGUCAUCCAGAAGAUCGUCCAGAUCGCAGCAGGAAACGGCGUCUCGAAGCUCAUCAUCGGCCGCGACGGCAUCUUCUCGACUCCUGCCGUCUCGCACGAGAUCCGCGCCCGCAAAGCCACCGGCGGUAUCCUCCUCACGGCGAGUCACAACCCCGGAGGACCGAAUGCCGACUUUGGCAUCAAGUACAACAUGGACAACGGCGGUCCGGCGCCCGAGUCGGUCACGGAGGCCAUCUUCGAGUUCUCCAAGACGAUUAAGGAGUACAAGCUCGUCGAGCUCCCCGAGGUCGACCUGUCGAAGCUCGGCUCGAGCAAGUCGGGCCCUCUCGAGAUCGAGGUUAUCGACGCAAUCAAGCCCUACGUCGCUUUCCUCAAGGAGAUCUUUGACUUCGACGCGAUCAAGUCCUACGUUCACUCUCCCGAAGUCUCCGUCCUGUUCGACGGCCUCUCGGGCGUCACCGGCCCUUACGCCCGCGACAUCUUCGUCAACGAGCUCGGUCUGCCCGAGUCGUCCAUCCAGAACUGCGAGCCCUCGCCCGACUUCAACGGCGGCCACCCGGACCCGAACUUGACCUACGCGCACUCGCUCGUCCAAGUCGUCGAGGAGAAGAAGAUCACCUUUGGCGCCGCUUCGGACGGAGACGGCGACCGUAACAUGAUCUACGGCGCUGGGGCGUUCGUUACUCCCUCGGACUCGGUCGCGAUCAUCGCCGACUGGGCGGACUGCAUCCCGUACUUCAAGAAGGGAGGCGUCAAGGGUCUUGCGAGGAGUAUGCCUACCUCGACUGCACUCGACCGCGUUGCAAAGGCCAAGGGCGUCGAGCACUUCGAGGUUCCCACCGGCUGGAAGUUCUUCGGCAACUUGAUGGACGCUGGACGUCUCUCGAUCUGCGGAGAGGAGUCGUUCGGUACGGGCUCGGACCACGUUCGCGAGAAGGACGGUCUCUGGGCUAUCGUCGCAUGGCUCAACAUCCUUGCAUCGGCGCACGACAAGGGGAUCAAGGGCAUCAAGGGCUUGUUGCUGGACCACUACAAGAAGUACGGAAGGACGUUCUUCUCUCGGUACGACUACGAGGAGGUCGACUCGGACGCGGCGGCCAAGGUCAUCAAGGAGCUCGAGUCUGCGUUCGCCUCGUCGGACUUUGUCGGCUCCUCCCUCUCCGCCACCUCCUCCUCGACCUCGUUCAAGGUCGCCGAGACGGGCAACUUUACCUACACGGAUCCUAUCGACAAGUCCGUGAGCAAGAACCAGGGUCUGUACGUCACCUUCGAGGACGGCUCGCGGUUCGUCGUGCGUCUCUCGGGCACUGGCAGUCAAGGCGCGACGAUUCGCCUGUACGUCGAGAAGUACAGCAAGGACGAGGCGGAGUACGAGCGCGAUACCCAGGAGGGCCUCAAGCCGUUGAUUGAGGUUGCGCUCAAGACGAGCAAGUUGGUCGAGCACACCGGACGCAAGGAGCCCACUGUCAUCACCUAA